UAUUGCAGACGAUGAAGGCCAUAUGAUCUCACCUUCAUUUAUCUUUCCUCUUCUUUCCAAAUCUAACCUAGAGGGACCUGUAUUUUCUUCUACAGAAGUGCAGACAUCAACACGAGGUGGACCAACUGUAUUAUAAAGGAGAAGAUAGAAUGUAAAGUGACCUCCUAAAGGAUCAACAUGAGGUUUGAGAUGUAUGUUUUCUUAUUAUUCUAGGUUUUCAUGAACCAUUUAAGGGGUUAAUGAAAUAGGGAUACGUCAUCCAUAUGACAUCAUAACCAACCAGAAGAGAGUAAUCAAUAAAGGUAUACAAAAGGUGACCUUCUGGACCCAUCACUCUGGUCCAUCCAUCCUCAAGCCAUCUUUGUCAAAGGGUUCAUUUGCGCAUUCAAAUAAUUGACAUCCAUUCCAAAACGUUUUAUGAACACAUAUUGACCUUUCAUUUUUUUUUAAUCCUGCAUUUUUGGCACCAAGUAUAAGUUGCAGCGAUAAGUUUAGGAGUCAUUGAGGUAAGCAUGGAAGAACACCCUAAAGGGAAGUGUAAGGAAGAGAAAGGAGAGAUUCGUUAUAGAGGCGUGAGAAGGCGGCCCUGGGGAAAAUUUGCAGCAGAGAUUCGUGAUUCGACUAGGCAAGGAGCCCGCUUAUGGCUUGGGACUUUUACCACUGCCGAGGAAGCGGCAAGAGCAUAUGACAAAGCUGCCUAUGCAAUGAGGGGUCACUUGGCCAUUCUCAACUUCCCUGAGGAACAUCAACAGGUUGCAUCUCCUGCUGUUCCCCCUUCAUCACCCAACUUCCCCAAGGAACGUCAAAAUAUUGCCUCUCCUCACCCUUACUCUUCACCAUGGUCAUCAUCAUCUUCACCUAUGAUGUCUGAGAAUACAGAGAGAACAAGUGAUGUGCAUGAAAAACUAGUUUUUGAAUUUGAGUACUUGGAUGACAAGUUGUUAGAGGACCUUCUUGAGACUUCAGAGAAGUAAACCCAGAAUUAUUGACAAUUCAGAACUUGUGGAGGAUGGAACACUACUACUGCCACGCCUUUUCCUUUUUUUUUCUCAUUCAUUAAUCAUAGAUAUCUUUGUUUUCCUCGCUAUCCCCCC